AUGCGGAAAGCAAAUAACACCUUUGAAGACUAUAUCGACCAGAAGAAAACUAUUUUGACAACUAACACUUCCUCUGAAAGAUACACGUUUAUACCAUCUGGGCAUGCUAACAAACCAGAUAUUAUUAUUGGUGACCCCUGCUUCGAAAAUCCAUGUUCUUAUGAAGCUCUAGAAAAGGUUUUUGACCAUAUUCUAAGUAAAACUGAAGUGGGCGAGGGAAGGUCUUGGACAAUAGUAGGAUGCGAUGGUCUUCCCUACACUCUUGGAUGUAGAACAAUUGACAGUGUGUGUCGAUGUAGAGAAUGUGAGAUGGAGUUUACAAGCGUAGAAGAAUUUGAAAAACACAAAAUUUUAUUUGAUCAUGAAAAGUGUUCUAACAUCAACGAUUGCCUGAAGUAUCUGGAUAUAAUCAUGGUACCCGGAUUAGGGCAUUUUGAGAUGAAUAUGCUAAAAGCAGUCUUUAGAUUACUUUGGGACGUCAUUUUAGUUGACUUAGCAGUGAUGUUGGGCUUUCACAGCCCGAAGGCAUUAGCCUCCUGUAUGGCUGCAACCGACCACCACAAAAGUUGGCAAAUUUUCCAAAUAUUUCUUCAUGCCAUGGCAGAAGAGCUCCUCCUGCUGUAUGCCAGAGAGGAGUUGAAAAGAAAUGAAAGACCAACAGCAGAGGGAUUUUAUAAAUGGACAAAACAUGUAAAGAAUCCCAAUUAUAAAUUCAUGGUUGAAGCAGUGUUCACUUUAUGUCUUUCACUUCAUGUGUUCAGGGCUGGUGUGAGGAGGAACAACACCUCUGCAAUCAGAACAGCACUUUUUAAAUUCGCCCCGCUAUUUUUUGGAUUCUCCAUGCCAUUUUAUAUCGAGACAUUUAUUAGAGAUUCCUUUUUUCGCAUUCAGUGCCCUCCAGAAAUUAGAAAUUUCAUAGAAAAUAACGAAUCGUUCAGUAUAUCAGGAAACUGUUCAAAAGGCGAGGGAGGAGAUUUUAUUUUAGAGUCAAAAAAUAGAAAGACCAAGAUGUGGAUGCCAGGAGGUCUUCCUGACGAGAAGACAUGGUUACAUGUCUGUAGGAAUAUUGACAGACUGGAAAAGGUGAGAGAUAACAUGGUUUGUGAACUUGGCAUAACUGAAAAUGAUGUCGACUAUCAAUAUGCCUAUGAUAUUACCACAGAAAUAUUCGAGUUCCGUAAAAAAAUACGCAGUUCCUGCUAUUUAAGUGGCAUAGACGACAUCAAACCACAUGUCUCAGUGUCUGGAAAGCAACUAGACAAGGAGCUUAUAGAUUUCUACAAGUCUUCACAAUGUAACUUCGAGAAAUAUCUAGACUUCUGCACUGAAAAUGACUUGAAAGACAAAAUGAAACUUGAACCUAUUUUUGUUACGCCCAACGAUAGAGAAAAUUUCUGCUCCCUGGAAAAUAAACCAAAAAAAGAACUUAUCUCAAUGGUGCAGGCAUUGUUACAACAGUUGGACGCAGAUGAAAUUACUUUAAAAAAAUGGAAAGUUAUAAAAUCAAAAAGAAAGUAUGAAAUAGAGUUUUACAAAGAAAUGUUAAACAUUGACAAGUGUGAAGACAAUUGA